AUGAAGCUCUCAACCAUUAUUGUUCAAGCUAUUUUAUUAACUGGUAUCAUUGCAUCACCAAUUGCUAAUCCUGAUGAUGAAACAAGCCCAUUAUUGGAAAAAAGAGCUAAAGAUAAGCUUUGUUCUGAUGCUUUACAACAUAAACAAUGUGCCGAAAAUAAUUAUCAAAACUGUGUGUUUUAUUGGACACUGCCAAUGUCAUCUGACUGUUUUCUUAACCCAGGUCCUCCAAAUCCUUCUUGUGCUCAAGAUAGACUAGCAAGAGUUCAUGCACAUUGUCGCUUCUAUUGUUCUAAAAUCAAGAAUAAAAAAGAUUGUGUGAAAGCUGCCAAAGAAUCUAAAAUUCUUCCAGCUGGUGAUCCAAAUACAUUUUGUGAUGGUUUCCAAUACUGUUAA